AUGGAGAAAAGGACUAACUUGGGUCUGAGCUGUUGCUCCAUAUCAUCUAUCCCGCUGGACUACGAAGAAAACAAGCGGAAGAUCAUCGAGAGUAUAAAAAGAUGCAAAGAGUUAAAGUGCACAGUUCGAGUCGGUGGUGAAUUGGAACUGUGCGGGGUGAGCUGCAAAGACUGCUUCAAAGAGGUCGAAGACAUGCACGAAAAUUGUUGGUACUAUUUAAGCGAACUGAUGAAGGAGAAAUGUAUGGAUGGACCCCUCAUGGAGAGCAUGCUGUGCUUUGUCAGCAUGCCUGUGUAUUUCAAGAAGAAGCUGUACAGCUGCCAAGUAGUUAUUUAUAGGAACAAAAUUAUUUUGCUGUCUCCGAAGGAGUGCCUAAGUGAUGAGGAGAGGAAGUACUUCGCUCCUUGGUCGACGUUGGGAAAGGGGUAUAUCCAGCAGGGGGUCGAAGAUGCUGGAGAGACGGGAGCAGAAGAAGGGAUCCCUUCCAUCGCCCAUUCGAAGCCCAUCCAGUUUAAUGACUCCAGCGUCCAGGUUCUCGGCAACAGUCUGCAUACAUACGCACUUCCUAAGUGUGUCCAGGAGGUAACAAAUCAGACAGAGACCUACAUCGGGAGGGCACUAAUACAGCUAGGUGACGUAUCUAUUGGACAUGUCUUUUUGGAUGACUUGAUCCAAGUAGAGAGGGGUGUGCUGGUCGAUGAUCGGGUUGAGCAUUUUAACCGUCACGGUUCAGUACACUUGGUGGGGGGUGGUGGGAUAAGCGGUUUCUUUAACAGUGACAGCGCUAGUGGAGAGAUUCCCCGUUUUUUUGAGGAGGAUCCCGUAAAGCUAAAGCUGAGCAUGCGGGAAGGAGAUGUUUGCAUCUCUGUGGGGGAUGAUGCCAAGGUGCCUCUCAACCAAAUCGAUGUCCUCUUUGUAAGUGGCCACGUCACCAACGAGUUGCAGCUUUUUAAAAAGUACUUCAUCCAGAUGAUGCAGUUAACUAAGUUGUAUCCCCAUAUGGUCCUCAGUUAUAAUACCAAUUCUGGGUGCGAUAAUUAUUUUUACAAAUACGAUGGGUUUUCUUUUUUGAGUCAGAACAACCAAGUGUUGACUAAGAACGCUAGGUUUACCUUCGAUGAGGUGCAAGUUGCAUCCGUGAGUGUGUCUCUACGGACGAAUUCCCAUCCACAGAGGGGAAGUAAAACGAAUAUACCCAUUAUCAAAAUGGAGAAGUUGGAAAAAAUUGUGGAGAGUAAAACAAGUACAGAUGGUGGUCACGACGGGGAGUGCAUUUUUUCGUACAACAAAGAAAUGGAGCUGUUUGUAAAAUUUUCGAAGGAAGUCAUUUGGGGGAACCUCCCAAAGAGCUUUAACUGGCAUAUGUACACAAAGAAUAACGCAGUGAUGUCUACCCUGUUGAGAAAAUACCACCCGAGUUCGGAGGAUUGGCAGUACCAGUUUGCCAAGCAGACGUGCUCGCUGCAUAAUGUAUAUGAGGAGCUGUGCUUUAAUGCUGCCAUGUUUUUGUGGCACGUUUUGCAUUUGACUAAUGCCAAGGGAUUUAUGUUGGCCCUUUCCGGGGGAGUCGAUUCAGGGUUCUCCGCGUGCAUGGUUUAUCUGCUCUCCAUAAUGAUCGAACUGGGGAUGAAGGAGAGGGGCAUGGCCGCCCCGUGGGGGGGCUCCGGGGAUAGCUGCUUGGACCGCCUUCACCAGCUGGAUCGUCGUGCCCACCUUGACCGCCUUGCCCAGCUGGACCGCUUCAACACUGAGCAGUUCCACCAAAAGUUGAAGCGGCUGCUAAUUGAUACCCCCUGCCGGAAGGCGAUAUGCAACAAGCUACUGAACACGCUGUCUCUGCCCUCCAAGAACAGCAGCGAAAACACCAAGUCGUACGCGGAGCAGCUAAGUACAGCUAUAAAUUCAUACCACAGUGUAUACUGCAUAGAUGACUUGUUUGAUUUUUUUAAAACUGCGGGGAAAAAGGCCCUUGGGAAAGAAAUGAGGUUUAAAAGCGAAGGAGGAAGCAAUUACGAGGAUCUAUGUCUACAGAAUGUACAGUCGAGGUCUAGGCUUCUAUUGACCUACUUCUUCUCCCCCCUUAUAUGCCACAAGAGAUAUGCCCCCCUCAAUCUGCACAACGAAUUUCUACUUACCAUAGCUACCGGGAAUUUGGACGAAACGAUAACAGGGUACUACACAAAGUAUGACUGCUCUUCAGGGGAUAUAAAUCUGAUUGGAAAUGUUAGCAAAAUAUUAAUCAAAGAGACCAUGUGUUUGUUAGCCAACGAUCCGAUGUACGAUCUGUCCAUCUGCAAUUCCUUAAAUCAGUAUCAUCCCUCGGCUGAGUUAAAGCCUUUGGAUAAUACUCAGACUGAUGAAGAUGACCUGAAUUUGAAGUACCUUGAGAUUAAGUUGUUGGGUAUACUGAAGCAUAAUUUUUUUUUGGGUCCUUCCUCCAUGUUGCAUUAUUUGUCUAGGUACUUUUGGCCGGAGAGUUUAAUGAGUAAAGCUGAUUUGUUGGAGAAAGUGAAGACCUUCUUCUCUCGAAAUGUGCAGAAUGUACACAAGGUACUUAUCCUUCCGCCUGCGCUCGUGGGGGAAGCGUGCGGACUGCACCUCUCCUCCUUGGUUAACUUCGCGCGGGAAGUUACGCUCGAACAGUGCGACUUGGUUCCGGAUGAUGUCCUCUAG